AGCUCCAGUCUGGGGAGGAUCCUGGAAAGGGCAGGGCAUUUUCGAGGCAGCUCCUUCAAGGCGGUGACACCCUGACCCUUCCAUCCCCCAUCCCCCUCCCUCCACCCUCUGCCAGCAGAGGGUGGCAGUCUCAGGGCUCUUUGCAUCAUCCUGUGGCUUCUCUAUCUUCACUCCAUUGCAGCAGGGGCUCAGAGGGAAGGGCAGAAGUGGCCACCAUGGCCACCCGCCUCUCUUGCCCUCAGAGGCGCCCUCCUCUCUUGCGCCAGGCCAUCAAGAUAAGGCGACGCAAGGUUCAGGACCUGCCGGAUCCCCUGGCCCAAAUGACUCAGGAGGUCAAGCCUGCAUCCCACCACUUGUCCCCCAAGGAGCGGGACCUGCUCUAUGAGGAAGCUCUCUACACUGUCCUGCACCGCCUGGGGCAGCCGGAGCCCAGCCAUGUGGUGGAGGCCUCUGAGCUGCUUCGAUACCUGCAGGAGGCCUUCCAGAUGCAACCUGAGGAGCACCAGCGCAUGCUGCAGCAGGCCAGGGAGCUCAAGAAGCCAAUAUUUUGUCUGAAGGCAACAGUAAAGCAAGCCAAGGGCAUCCUGGGCAAAGAUGUCAGUGGAUUCAGUGACCCCUACUGCCUGCUGGGCAUUGAGCAGGGGGUGGGUAUGCCAGGGGGCAGCCCAGGGUCUCGGCGUCGGCAGAAGGCCGUGGUGAGGCACACCAUCCCCGAAGAGCAGACCCACCGCACCCAGGUCAUCAGCCAGACGCUCAAUCCUGUCUGGGAUGAGACCUUUAUUCUGGAGUUUGAGGACAUAGCAAAUGCAAGCUUUCACCUGGACAUGUGGGACAUGGAUACCGUGGAGUCUGUCCGCCAGAAGCUCGGGGAGCUGACAGAUCUUCAUGGGCUUCGAAGGAUCUUUAAGGAGGCUCGGAAGGACAGAGGCCAGGAUGACUUUCUGGGGAACGUGGUUCUGAGGCUGCAGGACCUGCGUUGCCGGGAGGACCAGUGGUACCCCCUGGAGCCCCGCACCGAGACCUACCCAGACCGUGGCCAGUGCCACCUCCAAUUCCAGCUCAUUCACAAGCGGAGAGCCACUGCGGCCAGCCGCUCCCAGCCCAGCUACACCAUGCACCUCCACCUUCUGCAGCAGCUCGUGUCCCACGAGGUCACCCAGCACAAGGUAGGCAGUACCUCAUGGGAUGGGUCACUGAGUCCCCAGGCCACUACCAUCCUCUUCCUCCAUGCUAUGCAGAAGGACCUGUCUGACUUCCACCAGUCCCUGGCGCACUGGCUGGCCUACAGCCACCUCUACCAGAGCCUGGAGUUCCCUAGCAGCUGCCUCCUGCACCCCAUCACCAGCAUUGAGUACCAGUGGAUUCAAGGCCGGCUCAAGCCAGAACAGCUGGAGGAAUUGACCACUUCAUUCACCUCCCUGCUGGCCUAUGGCCUUUCCCUCAUCCGGAGGUUCCGCUCCGUCUUCCCCCUCUCUGUCUCCGACUCCCCAGCCCGGCUGCAGUCUCUCCUCAGCCCUCUGUCACCCAGAGUCCUGGUGCAGAUGUGUAAGAUGAAGGCCUUCGGAGAACUGUGCCAGAACAGCACCCCACUGCCCCAGCUGGUGACAGAGGCCCUGCGGACUGGCACUGUUGAAUGGUUCCACCUAAAGCAGCAACACCAUCAGCCCAUGGUGCAGGGCAUGCUAGAGGCAGGCAAGGCCUUGUUGAGCCUGGUACAAGAUGUCUUGGGCGACUUGCACCAGUGCCAGCGCACAUGGAACAAGAUCUUCCACAACAGUCUCAAGAUUGACCUCUUCUCCAUGGUUUUCCUGGAGCUGCAGUGGCUGGUGGCCAAGCGAGUGCAGGACCAUACAUCAGCAGUGGGCAGCCCUGUGUCUCCAGAGAUGGCCGAGAGUCUGUUCCAGCUCUAUGUCAGCCUCAAGGAGCUCUGCCAGCUGGGCCCGGUCCCUGCAGACAGGGACGGAGUCCUGGCCCUAGAUGGUUUCCACCGCUGGUUCCAGCCAGCCAUCCCUUCCUGGCUGCAGAAGACAUACAGCGUGGCACUGGAGCGGGUGCAGCGCGCUGUGCAGAUGGACAAGCUGGUGCCCCUGGGUGAACUGACCAAGCAUAGCACAUCAGCUGUGGAUCUGUCUACCUGCUUUGCCCAGAUCAGCCACACCGCCCAGCAGCUGGACUGGCCGGACCCAGAGGAAGCCUUCAUGAUUACUGUCAAAUUUGUGGAGGACACCUGCCGGCUGGCCCUGGUAUACUGCAGCCUUAUAAAGGCCCGGGCCCGAGCACUCUCUGCAGGCCAGAAGGACCAGGGCCAGGCAGCCGACAUGCUGUGUGUAGUCGUGAAUGACAUGGAGCAGCUGCGCCUGGUGAUCGGCAAGCUGCCCACCCAGCUGGCAUGGCAGGCCUUGGAGCAGCGGGUAGGGACUGUGCUGGAGCAAGGACAGCUGCAGAACACACUACACACCCAGCUGCAGAGCGCAUUGGCUGGGCUGGGCCAUGAGAUCCGCACUGGGGUCCAAACCCUGGCCGAGCAGCUGGAGGUGGGCAUUGCCAGACACAUCCAGAAGCUCGUGGAUGUCAAAGAGUCAGUGCUUCCCGAGGACGCCAUUCUGCCCUUGAUGAAGUUCCUGGAGGUGAAGCUCUGCUACAUGAACACCAACCUGGUACAAGAGAACUUUAGCAGCCUUUUGACCCUGCUCUGGACCCACACACUCACGGUGCUGGUGGAAGCAGCUGCCUCCCAGCGCAGCUCGACUCUGGCCUCUGGCAGACUGAAGGUGGCCCUGCAGAACCUGGAGAUCUGCUUCCAUGCUGAGGGCUGUGGUCUUCCCCCUGAGGCCCUGCACACAGCCACCUUCCAGGCUCUGCAGAGGGACCUGGAGCUACAGGCAGCCUCCAGCCGGGAACUCAUCCGCAAGUACUUCUGCAGCCGCAUCCAGCAGCAGGCAGAAACCACCUCUGAGUGGCUGGGUGCUGUCACGGUCAAGGCUUCCUACCGUUCCUCAGAGCAGAAACUGCAUGUGGAGUUGCUCAGUGCCUCUAGCCUGCUGCCCCUGGACUCCAACGGCUCCAGUGACCCCUUUGUCCAGCUGACCUUGGAGCCCAGGCAUGAAUUCCCUGAACUAGCUCCCCGAGAGACCCAGAAGCACAAGAAGGAUCUUCACCCGCUGUUUGAUGAGACCUUUGAAUUCCUGGUGGCUGCUGAGCCAUGCCGGAAGGAUGGGGCGUGCCUCCUGCUCACCGUGCUGGACCACGACACGCUGGGGGCCAAUGACCUGGAAGGGGAGGCGUUCCUGCCACUGUGUGCGGUGCCUGGGCUGACUGGCUGCGAGGAGCCUGGUGAGGCGCCUCAGACCCGCCUGCCCCUCACGUAUCCCAUGCCCAAUGGGGAUCCAAUCCUGCAGCUGUUGGAGGGCCGGAAGGGUGAUCGUGAGGCCCAGGCCUUUGUGAGACUGAGGAGGCAGCGAGCCAAGCAGGCCUCCCAGCAUCCCCCAAGGCCAGGGCAGUAACAGUGGGGGUUGGACAAUGGGCUGGCCCCUGGUGGGGUCCUGAAAGGUUGAGGUCUUCCUUGUACAGUUCAGGGAGCCCCAGCAAGUGGAAGGCCCAGGUGCAGACUCCCUCUGAGCACCAUCAGCAGUAUUUAUACUUUUCAUCCCUCUGAUCUCUGCCACACCCCAGCAUGGUAUGAGUAGCAUCUCCUGCCCCUGCUCCAUCCUGGAAAAGCUGUCUGGUGAAGUGGGGGGUCUUGGGCCACCUACCUCCUGGCCUGUGUGCUCCAGCCCCUGGGGUGCGGAGACCAGGUGGUUCGCACUGGAACUGGGGGACAGAGAGGCUCCUGAGGAACAAGAGGGGAACUACCAAAGAUGAGGUACCAGCUGUCCUGAGGGAGGGGCAUGGCCAUUACUGGAGGCAGUCCUGGUAUGGACUUUUCGGCUCUGAGCUGGAAGGCAGUGGGACUGACACCAGGAGACAGGAGAAAGGGCAGUCUGGCUGUGUCUGCUGAGAACACCUCCUCCCUUGGAUAGCUCCUGCCACCAAGAAACUUUCUUAGCAAAAAUUAAAAAGAAAAUCCAUGUUCCUCUUUGAAAACCAUCUGUUGGCCUAAGGUGGGCACUGGAAGGCUCAUCAGGCCAUUUAGCCUCCUCUGCAGCCAGCAAGAGACCUGAGCUUCCCCCAUGCAGGAUCCCCAAGCUGCAAGCAGGGAGCUGGGUGAGGGGGAUCUUGCCACAGAAGCCCUGAGUAGGGUGGUUGGUAUUAAUGGCAUUCGGUCAUGGGCUUUGAACAGGUCACUGCACCAGGUGUUGUUAGUCACUGUGGUUCUUGGGAAGGGUGCCCUGAGACCGAGCGCCUGCUCUGGACAGCAGCGGGGCACCACUGCCUAUGAGGGGCCCCUGUACACUGGGAGGCAGACUGGUCAUUCUAGCGGCAAUCCUGGAAGUCAUUUAACCCGU